CGUGCGCGAGGUGUGACGACAUCGGCUGGCAUACAUAAUCCGGCCUGCGCUAGCGACGGGACGGGAGAGACAUAAAUAUUCGCGCCAAGUUUUGUGCUGGUCGACUUCUCCACCUUCCCAGUGCCUGCCACCGAUGUUCAGAGCAGCCCGCCUGGCCCGCUCUCUGCUAUCGCCAGCCAGCCGACCGUUCGCCGUCCGAGCCACCACCGCCUUCCAAGCCCAAGCACGCGCAUCCCCGCGGUUCGCAAGCUGCUGUCCCGACAUGGCUGACGAGCACGCCGAGAUCUCGGAGUACCUCAAGGAGACGCACAAGCGGGUGUUUGAGCACAACCGGCGGUGGGCGGCGGAGCGUCGGGAGCGAGACCCGGAGUUCUUCGCCAAGCUCGCCGCGGGCCAGUCGCCCGACUACCUCUGGAUCGGGUGCAGCGACUCGAGGAUCCCCGCGGAGCAGAUCACGGGCCUCGAGCCGGGCGAGGCCUUCAUCCACCGCAACAUCGCCAACCUCGUGUGCAAUGUCGACGUUAACGUCAUGUCAGUCAUCAACUAUGCCGUUGACCACCUGCACGUGAAGCAUAUCGUCGUGUGCGGCCACUACGGCUGCGGCGGCGUCAAGGCGGCCAUGACCCCCAAGGACCUCGGCAUCCUCAACCCGUGGCUGCGUAACAUCCGCGACGUCUACCGCCUGCACGAGGCCGAGCUCGACGCCAUCAAGGACCCCACCCAGCAAUGCAACCGCCUCGUCGAGCUCAACGUCAUGGAGCAGUGCACAAACGUCAUCAAGACCGCCGUCGUCCAGCGCUCCUUCGCCGCGAAGCGCUUCCCCAUCGUCCACGGCUGGGUCUUCGACUUUAACGACGGCCUGAUCAAGGACCUGCACGUCGACUUUGAGGCCGAGCUCCGCGGCAUCCAGAAGAUCUAUAACCUCACUGGCCAGUGAUCCCCCCCCGGAACUCGGUUCGGGAUGAUGGAAGCACCGAUUCUACAAUUGUUGGCACAGUCGCGCAGAGGAUGAUGUUUGCUGGCAGGGUAGGACCGUGGGGUCGAUGGGGAUUAGAGCAGUGACACUAUGGAUAACAGUAUCUCCAAUCUUGCAGACCUUGUCCCACUUUGCAAACGUUGAUGUUGGCUGCGAGAGGAUGUAGUUCCCCUAGC